CAACAAUUUGCGCUUAUUUAUAAUCUUAACCACUGACUACGGAUAGGAAGUAGGAAGAUCCCCCACCCCCACCGGGAACAACCAACCUCGACUCCAUGGGCAUCUGGGACGAUAUCAGAUCGGUCGCCGUCAGACUUAUGAAUCGGAGCACUUCAAACACCUCAUCCGAUUCAUCUACAACUUCCCGUAAUCGCUUCCUAACCAAGCCGGUUGUGGAAUCCCUGCCUGACCCCGAUCGUAGGGAGACCAUAACUCGAGUUCUAACCGGCUUCGGCAAGUUCGCCGUCGAUUCUGCUGUUAACGAUUCUCUCAAAGGUCGGAUGCAAGUGUAUAAGAUAGUGAAGGAAGGAUUGAAGGAUGAAGCUCCUGUAGAACCAGCGAAUUUGAACAAUAAAGCACCACAUACAUUAAUGAUGGAGGAGAUGCAGGCUCGGAUGGAGAAAAUGGAAGAGGAUUUGCAUAUUAUAAGGCUGGAUGACGAAGAUUCAAUCUUAUGUGCCAAGGAUUUGGAUCCUCGUAAAGAUGAAUCCGCAGAAGGUAGUGAAAAAUCAUCUCCUGCAAAAACUGAUGUGAAGAAGAUCUUCAUUCGAUCGCGCUUAUAAAGAGGGGAUUGUAAAAUACAUAUGCGUUUACACUUUACAGGUAUCGGUAGAUUGGAUUCUGUAUUCUUUUGCAUUUUUGUUGAUGUUUUAAGUUGCAUCUAUAAACUCUUACUUUUUUUUCUUUGAAUGUUUAUAUGUGGCAUAUGCAAUGACAAUUUUUAAUUAAUACUUGAAUGUUUAUAUGUGGCAUAUACAAUGCAUCUUUAUUCAGAUAUCAUAAUCGAAGGUUUCUUGUGAUGAAUGAUUCAGAUUUGGCAUGGCGUCCUUAGUUUGGUUAUAUAUGCUACAGCUUCAUAUUCCAGCUUAAAACAUUUGAUGAAAAUUUUCUAGAUUCUCUUUAAUUUCAUACAUCUUUGAUAGUUUAAUUCUAUGAAAUUUAAAGGAAAAAAAUCCAAUGCCUAAUCUUCAAAUUAUCAUUUCCCCUUAUUGCUUCAUGUCUUUUUCAGUGGUGUGAUUCCAUUCUAAAAUAUAUUAACUUUUACCGUUGUGUUUGAAAGCAGUAGUUAGCAAAAUCUGCAAAAAAAAAAAAGGGUUCUUCCAUUGAAGUGGAGCAAGUUCUUGGUAGCACUCAACUAUUAUAAAUACUUGUGUUCAAUCUAACUUUUGUUAUUUGUUUCACAUAUUAUUUGCAUCUUUUUAAUUUUUAUAGUAAAAAAUUUAUGCUUAAA